UCAUUAAACAAAUUUUAAUUGUGGUCCAUAUAGGUUAUGUGAGGUUAUGUCCAUAAAUUUUAAAAAUGUUACGGAAUUCCUAUAAAUUGGUAUCGCAAAUACGCCCAAUAUAUUUAACACCCAUCCAAAAGUUAUCAUCAACAAAUACGAGUAAAACCGAUGGGACUGAUGGUACAAAUCUUAUUAACAAUGAGAAGAAAGAUAUUAGCAAGGCAAUGAAAGCUUAUUUAGAAAGGGCUACGGAACACAACGAAUUUAUGAAGCAACAAAACUAUGAAUUUCAAAUUGGUAAACGACACUUGGCUAAUAUGAUGGGGGAAGAUCCAGAACAUUUUACACAAGAUGAUGUAGAUGAAGCAAUUCGGUACUUAUUUCCAUCUGGUUUGUAUGAAAAGAAAGCAAGACCUAUGAUGAAACCUCCCGAAGAGGUUUUUCCACAAAGGAAAGCUGCUGAAUUUGAUGAGACGGGGCGACCUUUCCAUUUCUUGUUUUAUACAGGAAGACCAAAUUUCUAUAAACUGCUAUAUGACAUAGUAGAACAUAUAAAUCAAACUUACAAGUUUGAAGAUGCAAUGAUACGAAAAAAUAAAGUUUCAGAUCCUCAACUAGCAAUCGAUACAACGGGUUACCAAUGGUUAGAUAAAUCGCAGUUGGAAACUAAACUAGUUGAAACUAUAACUGAUAGGGAAUAUGAUAAUUUUGUUACUGCUAUUGAAAGAUUAGUGAGUCUUCCUUAUUCGUACAAAUGUAUAGAUUUUGUAAGAAACUAUCAAAAAGCCUUAAUAAGUCAAACAAAAUCAAUGGAAAUACCUGAGUUGAAGUAUGAUGAACAAGGUAGAGGAUACAUUACAGUUUACGAAUGUUUAAGAAAAAAAUCUCGUGGGCAUGUUACGAUUAGAUCUCCUGGAUCUGGUGUAAUAACAGUCAAUAAUAAGGAUCUUUCAUAUUUUCACGAUCUUCAAUCAAGGGAACAGUUACUAUUUCCAUUGAUUUUCACAAACAUGUUGAAUAAAGUAGACAUAGAAGCACACGUUGAAGGUGGAGGACCAUCAGGACAAGCAGGAGCAAUAAGAUGGGGAUUAGCUAUGGGGCUUAGAAGUUUUGUGGAACCCGAAAUGAUUGAAAAGAUGAGAUUGGCUGGUCUUUUACAAAGAGAUUUUAGAACAAGAGAAAGGAAGAAGCCAGGUCAAGCUGGUGCUAGGAAAAAAUUCACAUGGAAGAAACGUUAAUUUAAUUUCUAAUUUGUUGAGAAUGGAGUUAAAAUGAAAAAUAAAACAUUUCUAAGUGGUUUUAAUCCUAAGAUCAACAUACCCUGUCGUAGUAUUGUUCUGGAAGUAUUAAAAAGUAAUAAUCGUUGAGCAGCAAU